UUUGUUCAUUCUACCUCUUCCCGAAAAGUUUUCAGCCAAAUCAUCCUUUUGAACCCCGUUGUACAGCGUUCAAUUGCUCGGUCUCCUUCUGAGCGUACUCUCUCUCUCGCUCCCUUCUCUCCCUUCUUAUCCUUUUUAAUAAACUUCCUCCCUGUAUCAUCCCGAGUCCUUUCGUUGCAAGGAAGCCUAGCACACGAUGAGCGCCCGGGAUUUGGUUCAGGGAGAGGCCGUCCUAGACGACGAGGAGAAUGACGAUGAACUAGUUGAUGACUAUGGCGGUGAAGGCGGCGAAGCCCAACAUGCGGGUGUCGCGAACCACUAUGACGACUCUAGCGAGGAAGACGACGAUGAAGAUGACGAUGAAGAGGCGGCCCGCGCGGUCCGGGAAGGUUUCAUCGUUGAUGAAGAUGAGGAAGUGGAAGAACGUGCCGCACGACGACGAGAGAAGAGAAAGCGAAGACGCGAGGAACGCGAGCGUGAUGAUGAGAAUUUAGAUGAAGAAGACUUGGAGCUGAUUGGGGAACUAAACCCAGAGCUCCAGUCUGUAACUGCAGCAGAAUCAAAGUUCAAGCGCCUAAAGCGUGGUAACAAAGAUCGGGACAUGCGACAAGCUUCGCAGGGCAUCGAUGACAUGUUCAACUCUGACGAGGAAGAUGAGCCCGCCGCAGAAUACGGCCGACCCGGCCACCGAAGGCAUAUGAACGAUGAGAUGGAUGACUUCAUUGAGGAGGAUGUGUUCUCAGACGACGAAAUACAAAGGGAAAGAGAAGAUCUGGAAGUUGCCCGUCCGAGGAAGUCGAUCGGUGUUGGGGCUACAGAUACGAGCGGGCUGGAUGAGAAUGCCCUCGAAGACAUGCGCGCCGCGUUUGGAGAUGGGAACGAAUACUACUUCGCGCUGGCAAUGGAGGAUGAGGAGCAAGAGCAAGAACAAGAUGUCGAAAAGCACCUGGAUCUCAAAGAUGUCUUCGAGCCUUCACAGCUGGCUGAAAAGAUGUUGACGGAGGAAGAUAAUCAGAUUCGUCUCCUCGAUGAGCCUGAACGACAUCAGAUCGCCCGCAAACCCUACCGCAAUGUUGUCUUGACAGAAGACCAAUUCCGUGAAGAAGCUGUCUGGAUCUCCAACCUUAUGCUCCUGAAGAAGCGCAUCGAACCCCAGCUCCGUGAGCCAUUCCAGCGGUCAGUGGCCAAAGUCCUAGAAUUCCUCGUGACAGAUGACUGGGAAGUUCCGUUCAUUUUCCAGCAUCGCAAGGACUAUAUGAUUCACACUGUCAAGGUCCCUGUGGAUGAGGCCGGCCCGGAUGCCGAUGCAAGCUCUCAGUACACUAUCAAGGCCGAGAAAUUGCUGAACAUGACUGAUCUAUGGGACAUUUUUGACCAUGAUCUGAAAUUCAAAGCCCUCGUCGACAAGCGGAACACGAUACAGAAGACCUAUGACAAUGUCCGGAGUGUUUUCUCCGUCGAUGAUGCCAUCGUGGAAGAAAUGCUACCCGCGGCAGCUACCAUGGAGGAACUCCAGGAUAUCCAGGAUUAUAUUCAUUUCCAAUAUGCUUCUCAGCUCAGGGAUUUAAAUAUGAUGAACGGUGAUACCAAUGGGGAAUCCCAGCGCCGCAAAGCGACGACCAAGACCUUCUUUGAGCGCGUCCGCAACAGCAAGGCUUACAGUCUAGUGCGCGCUUUUGGUACCACAGCCGACGCAUUUGCCCAGAAUGCUCUCAAAGAGGGCCGCCGCCAAUAUACUGAAGACCCGGCAGAACGACCCGAUGAGAUGGCAGAUGGGUUUGUGGACCGUGACUUUAACAACUCAUCUCACGUUGUCAAGGCCGCUAAGACGAUGUUUGCGGAGGAAAUUGUGAUGAGCCCCAAAAUGCGCAAAGUUAUUCGACAGGCAUAUUACAUGAACGGCGCUGUCGACUGCUUCCGUACUGAAAAGGGUCUCCGCCGCAUCGAUGAGCACCAUCCGUACUACGAGUUCAAAUACCUCAGGGAUCAACAGCUCAGCGAUAUCGCUCGUCGCCCGGAGCUUUUCCUCCGCAUGCUCAAGGCAGAAGAAGAAGGAUUGGUUGAGGUCAAGGUUCGCUUUGAGAACUUUGAACAUUUCCGACAACGCCUAUACCCUGAUAUCGAGUCCGACAACUACAGCGAACUAGCAGACGCUUGGAACCGUACUCGACGGGACGUUGUGGAUUUAGCCCUAGGAAAGCUUGAGCGUGUCAUCAACCGUAGCGUGAAAGAGAACAUUCGCCAAGAAUGUGAGAAUCACGUUGCGAAAGAAUGUCGCGAGGCCUUUUCCCAACGACUGGAUCAGGCUCCGUACAAGCCUAAGGGCAUGGUCCUAGGUACCGUCCCUCGUGUCUUGGCCUUGUCCACGGGCACUGGCACAGUCGGCCGGGAACCCAUUCACUGGGCUUACGUUGAGGAAGACGGUCGAGUGCUUGAGAACGGAAAAUUCGUAGACUUGUCCGUCGGGGACUCCGAUCGUGCUAUUGCCGAUGGUAAGGAUGUCGACGCUUUGUGUGAGCUCGUUGAACGUCGCCGUCCAGACGUGAUCGGUGUAUCGGGCAUGUCUCCCGAGACUCGUCGACUUUACAAAUUACUUACCGAGGUAGUGGAGAAGAAGAACCUGUGUGGUGCACCGUACACAAACGACCGCGAUGCCGAGGUGACCGAUCGUUUGGAGGUGGUCAUUGUUAACGAUGAAGUGGCCCGACUCUAUCAACAUAGCGAACGCGCCAAGAAGGAUCAUCCUAGCUUUGCCCCUCUUACACACUACUGUGUGGCAUUGUCUAAAUACCUCCAGAACCCUCUCAAGGAGUACGCAUCCUUGGGACGCGACAUCGUUUCGAUCCAAUUCAAGCCAGGACAGCAGCUCGUCUCCCAGGAGCUCUUACUGAAACAGCUGGAGACGGCACUGGUCGACAUGGUCAACCUGGUGGGAGUCGAUAUGAACGACGCGGUCACAGACCAAGCGACGGCGAACCUCCUGCCAUAUGUCUGUGGGUUAGGCCCUCGCAAGGCGGCCCAUCUCUUGAAGAUCGUGAAUAUGAACGGAGGCGUUGUGAACAACCGGGUGGAACUUCUGGGAGUCAACGCCCAAUACCCUGCUAUGGGUGUCAAGGUUUGGAACAACUGCGCCAGUUUCUUGUUCGUCGACUUUGAAAAUGCCGAUCCUGACGCGGACCCUCUGGACAACACUCGAGUGCAUCCGGAAGACUACGAUAUCGCGCGCAAGAUGGCUGCCGAUGCUUUGGAAUUGGAUGAGGAAGAUAUCAAAGCAGAGACAGACGAGAAUGGUCCUGGCGCCAUAGUGCGGAAGCUGUUCCGCGAGGAGGCGCAGGACCGAGUCAACGAUCUGAUUCUAGAGGAGUACGCCGAACAGCUAGAAAGAAACCUCAACCAGCGCAAGCGUGCCACUCUCGAAACCAUCCGAGCCGAACUCCAACAGCCAUACGAAGAAUUGCGGAAGCAAUUUGUCUUCCUCAGUACCGACGACAUUUUCACCAUGCUGACGGGCGAAACCACCGACACACUCUCGGAAGGCAUGGUGGUUCCAAUCUCCAUCAAGCGCAUCAGCGACGACCACAUCGAUGGCAAGCUGGACUGUGGCAUCGAUGCCCUGGUUGCAGAGUCUGAGCUGACGGAUCGCUACGACAUUCCCGUACGAGCCCUCUAUGCGCCACACCAAACAGUACCGGCCAAAGUGCUGUUCCUCAACCGGAAGACUUUCACCUGCAAUGUCUCCCUACGCGAAGAACAGGUCAGCCGACCAACCCGACCCGCCGCCGACCGGUUGCACUCGGGAGAAUGGGACUCGCGACAGGAGCAGCAAGAUCGGGAGGCGCUCGAGGCGAAGACCCAGAGCGGUGGACGCACGAUGCGUGUCAUCAAACACCCACUCUUCCGGCCCUUCAACUCGACGCAAGCAGAGGAGUUCCUGGGAUCGCAAACCCGGGGCGACGUCGUGAUCCGCCCAUCUUCCAAGGGACCCGACCACUUGGCAGUCACCUGGAAGGUUGCCGAUGGGAUCUUCCAACAUAUCGAUGUGCUGGAACUGGACAAGGAAAACGAGUUCUCCGUUGGACGGACCCUGAAGGUUGGCGGACGAUACACGUACAGUGAUCUGGACGAUCUGAUUUUCAACCAUGUCAAGGCUAUGGCCAAGAAGGUGGACGAGAUGAUGCUGCAUGAGAAGUAUCAAGACGGCAGCAAGGAUGCCACCUAUUCCUGGCUAAACACAUACACCAAGGCCAACCCGCGACGCUCAGCGUACGCCUUCUGCAUUGACCCCAAACACGCGGGAUACUUUUUCCUCUGCUUCAAGGCUGGAGAGCAUGCCCAACUACACAGCUGGCCCGUCAAGGUGAUUCCCCAGGGUUAUGAACUGCAGCGCAACCCCUAUCCUGACAUGCGAGCACUCUGCAAUGGCUUUAAGCUCUUGUUCACCAACAUGCAGGCGGGCAAACGCCGCUAAUCAGUGGAGAUUCUUGUUACUUUCUGUUCUUUUAUCACUACCCUUCUUCUGUAUACUGUGUAAUAUUCCCGUCCUUUUCUUUUUUUAUUUUAUUUCUUAUUUUUUUGGGGGCUCCGGCCGGUGUCAACAUGAUGAUGCUUUUGCUUCAAGGGAGAGAUUAUUGCAUACCGGGAGAAGAAAAGAAACGGGAUAGUUGGUAGAAAUCCAAUCACGAUAUAUAUAUCUAUAUAUAUUACCUCUAUUAUCCCGUUAAAUUGAGCUGUAGUUGAAAAUAAGAUAAACACGAAGCAAAGCAAAGAAUUCCAUCCAU